AAAGAAAAAAAAAAUAUAACGAGUUACAAUUUUUCGAAAUGAAAUACAACUAAGAAACCAAGUCCAGUCCAAAAUCGCAAUCCGAACGCAAACAAUAGUAGGACACAACCAAAUCUAUCAUAAACAACUGCAACACAAGGAUUCAGGGACACAACCAAAUGUAUCAUAAACAACACACCAGCCAUAAACACAGAGCAUGAUUUCAAAAGCAACCAGCUGUGUCAUUGCCAAAACAGAUGAAAAGGAGCCCACUGCCACAAACCAGAAUUAAAAAAGUUACAAAAAACAUGAUGCUAACAAAGAGCAAAGGUGAUAACCGCAAAAGAUGUCAUAGAUGGAGCAGACAGAGAAAUUUACCAUUAGAACCACACUUUUUAUUUACCUAAAAAUAUUAUAAUAAAAUUUUAAUUUAAACAAAGUUAUAAUUGUGUAAAAAUCUUAUAAAAAUUAAAACUAAAUACGGUUGAUUUUCAACUGUCAUAAAUAAAACGUACUUGUUGUAAAAUAAAAAUAGAAUUUUUUGAAAAUAUUCAUUUUUAGAAGUAAGAAUAGAAGAAUACAUUGGAGAGAAACACAUCUCUAUUUUAGAAUUAUUCUAUUUUCUGAUCCAGGUUUUGACCCAUCAUGACGCAUUUCAAUGAUGUGGGAAGACUAUAAGAGUUUUUAAAUGAACUAUUUUAUAAAUUCCUUAACUAAUAAUUAAAUCUAGAAUUCAAAUUACAUAAAAUAGUUUUUAAACUAACAUAUAAAAUCUAAAAGACCUUAAAUAGGUAUUUUGACCCAAAUAUCACACAAAAAUAGAUUUCAUUAAAGAGGUAAAAGACAUUUUUAACCUUGCUUUAUAAAUGUAAAUAAAUAUUUGAAUAAACAAUUUUCUUUAUUUUUAAAAAUACCUUUUUUUAAUUCCAACUGUUUUUUUUAUUUUUACUUUUUAUUGUUUAAAUCUGAAAAUUCAUUUUGAAACUAUUUUAAUUUUUUAAAAAAGUUCCUAAACCGUAAUCUCUUGUGAAACUCCAUCCUUCAAAUAUAAACACUAAAUAUAAAUUAAUUAAUUUUAAAUAAUAAGUAUCUUUUUGCCUCUUUAAUUAAACUCUUUGAUCAUUUUGACUUUGUACGAUAUAUUUAUGGACAAUUCUCUCAAAUAGUCACUUUUGAAUUUUUAUCGCAAAAAUAGUCUUCAAAAAAUAAAAUGACCAAAAUAGCUUUUUUAUUUUGAAAAUUUUAAUUUUAAUUUUUUUUAAAUUUGAAACCCUAUCUCCAAAACUCCACCCCUUAAUUAUAAGUCAUUUAAUAAAAUAUUUUUUGGUCAUUUUUCUCAUUGGAAUCUCUUUUGUGAAAAUAAACUAAAAAUAGCUACUAAGGGAAUUUCUCUUCUACUUAUGUUUAAAUAUUUUGGUCCAAAAAUGAAAAAGUCUUAACAAUUAGAAUUGCGAAGAGAAAAAAUUAAACAGAUAUAUAUAUAUAUGUAUUAAUAUAAAGAAUAGAAAAAGAAACGAAAAAUUGGCGCUUGGGGAUUGGCCGUUGUUUCUGUUAAGGGGGAGAAGAGGAAAGGGGUCUCUGGUCUGUCUUCUUCUAGAUACAACUGUACGUUGACCUUGCGUGCAUCUUAACACGACGAAGAUGGAAACGCAUGUUCCGUGCACUCUCGAGGAAGAAAGACGUAUUGUGACGGAGCUGAUUAGCGAAGCCGGAGAUAAUCUGAAAGAGGGCAACUUGUAUUUCGUCAUCUCUAACAGGUGGUAUACAAGCUGGCAGAGAUCUAGUAGAGAGCCUACUAGGCCCGGUCCGAUUGACAAUCAUGAUAUUAUCGAUACCCAAAGUGACGCUAGUGAUCCGCAGCUUUGUAGGAGGCUUGAGGAAGGCGUCGACUACGUUCUUGUUCCUCAACAAGUUUGGAAAAAACUCGUGGAAUGGUAUAAAGGAGGUCCUACUAUACAGCGAAAGUUAAUCUGUCAAAGGUUUCAGAGCUACAGUGUGGAGGUUUAUCCACUCUGCCUUAAGCUGACAGACAGUAGAGACAAGAGCAGUGCAACCAUAAGGUUGAGCAAACAGGCUUCUGUAGGUCUACUAUAUGAGUUGGUUUGUUCUGCAAGAGGUGUCUCAAAAGAAAAGGCUCGCAUCUGGGAUUACUUCGAGAAGAAGAAAAGCGUACUCUUGGAUCCUUCAUCUGAAAGAACCUUGGAGGAAUCGUGCCUUCAAGUAGACCAUGAUAUUCUUCUUGAAGUUGAUGAGAAUGCGUCUUCUAAGUAUGACAUGAGCUCGGCGGGCAAUGAGUUAGCUCUUGUACCUGUAGGGCCUACGAGAUCAGAUGCUACCAAUACUACGCCUGGUGCUAAUGGUCACUCCUCGAGUGGUUUUGGGGAAAGAGAAAAGAGAGGCUUAAGAGGAUUGCAUAAUUUGGGAAACACGUGUUUUAUGAAUAGCACUCUUCAGUGUUUAGCUCAUACGCCUCCUUUCGUUGACUAUUUCUUGAAAGAUUACAGCGAUGACAUAAAUGAAGAUAAUCCUUUGGGAAUGCGAGGUGAGCUUGCGACUGCGGUUGGUGAGCUUCUGAGGAAGCUGUGGUCUUCUGGAAAAAAUGCAGUUGCGCCACGCUUUUUUAAGACAAAACUUGAUAGAUUUGCACCUCAAUUUAGUGGUUAUAAUCAGCAUGAUUGUCAAGAAGUCCUUUCUUUCCUAUUGGAUGGGCUUCAUGAAGACUUGAACAAGGUUAAACAAAAAACUUACACUGAAUCUAAAGAUUCAGAUGGUCGUCCAGAUGAUGAAGUAGCCGAAGAAAUGUGGAAAUAUCACAAGGCUCGUAAUGACUCCGUGAUUGUUGAUGUCUGCCAAGGACAAUACAAGUCAACACUUGUCUGCCCAGAUUGUGGAAAAUUCUCAAUCACCUUUGAUCCCUUCAUGUACUUAACUUUGCCGUUGCCAACAAGUCUCACUCGGUCAAUGACUGUUUCAGUGUUUUACGGCGACGGUAACCGUUUUCGGACGCCAUACACAGUAACAGUUCCUAAAGAUGGUUCAUUGGGAGAUCUAAGUAAUGCAAUAGGCGCCGCUUGCGGCUUGAAAGACGAUGAAAGCCUUUUACUCGCAGAUGUGUAUGCUCACAAGGUCUAUAAAUAUCUUGAGACUCCACUGCUGUCUCUGAGUGAGAUAAGAGACAACGACCGUAUUGUCGCAUAUAGGUUCAACCAGAUGCACAGAGGACCAGGAAAAGCCAAACUAGAGAUUCUUCACUCGGAGCAGAAACAAGACGCAGAGAUUUCUGGAAAGUUAUUUGGAAUUCCCCUUGUUACUUAUGUCAACUCAGAACGACAUAGUGGAAGUGACAUUGAUGCAAUUAUUUCUGGAUUGCUAUCACCGCUACACCGGACUCAUUCAUCAUCUGGAAGCUUAGAGGAUACUACAGUUGGUGAAAAAGAGUUUUCUUUCAGCGUCUUCUGGUUAGAUCGUUAUUCUUCCAGUCUCAAGCCACUUGAGUCCGAUUUUGUUCCGAAUCCUCUUAGUGCUACAAGGCUCGUAGUCAAGUGGGACGAGAAAGAGCAUGAAAAAUAUGAUUCAAGCAGCUACUUGAAUGAUCUACCUGAGGUUUAUAAAGCAACUUCCUCGGUGGCGGAAAAGGUUUCUUUGUUUUCAUGCUUGGAAGCCUUUCUAGCAGAAGAGCCUCUCGGACCAGAUGAUAUGUGGUGUUGUCCUGCUUGCAAAGAACACAGGCAAGCGAACAAGAAGCUGAACUUGUGGAAGUUGCCAGAGAUUCUUGUGUUCCACCUAAAACGGUUCGCCUAUACCAGAUUUUUAAAGAGUAAGAUUGAUACGUUCGUGGAUUUUCCGAUUCAUGACUUAGAUUUAAGCAAGUACGUGAAGAAUAAAGAGGGUGAGUCGUAUCUUUACGAACUGUAUGCGAUUAGCAAUCAUUACGGUGGUAUGGGAGGUGGUCACUACACUGCUUAUGCUAAGUUGAUGGACGAGAACAAGUGGUACGAGUUUGAUGACAGCCGUGUUUCACCUAUAGAUGAGCCUAAGAUCAAGAGUCCGGCCGCAUAUGUUUUGUUCUAUCGAAGAGUGAGAAGUGAGUCAGAGGCAUCGAGUAUGGAUGAGGAUUAGUUCGGAAAAUACCCUUUGCGUUCUUCAGGACUCAAUGCAAAGUUUGCUGAUUUGCUCAAGGUUCAUUCAUUGAUUCUAAAGAUUGUUUGAUUAGGGCUUUUACCUUGGUCCCAGCGAGGGAAAUUUUUGGGGGAAACAGAUUAUAGAGUAUCUAGGUGGGCGGGAGAAAAAUUGGCAUAUUGUUGUUCUUCUUACAUUUGCAAAGUGACGGUGGUUAACUAAUUACGUACAAGUUAAUGCUGCAACAGAUUAUUUGGUCUUAGCGGCAUGUUUACUGAUUUGAGACAGGAGAAAAACCUUUCAAGGAAGACAAUCAUUUUGAAAACAAAAAUUUUGGUCCAAUAUCGAAUAACUCUAAGUUGAUUAUUCUCUAGCACACAUUUUGAGUUUCUUUUACAUUCAUAAACACUUUUUAUAUAUGACAUUUUUUUGUGGCUUCGACUGGUUUUUUGGAUAACUAUACCGUUAAAAGGAAAGAGAAUGUUGGCUUUUUUAUUAUUUUUCUUAUUCUUCUUUAUGUUUUACUUACUUUUGUAUUAAAAUCUAAAAUAUAUUAAACAAAAAUAAUUGUCAUAAUAAACUAUAUAUAAAAUUCUCUAUCUUUUAAUAUCCAUUUUCGUAUAUAUAUGUUAAAUUGUAAACAAAAUUAAUUGUGAACGUGGACACCAAAGUAUGGAUAGUAGAGUAAUACACUAGUUAUGGA